AUGAAUAUUCCCAAUGGUUUGACCAAUAAACUCGUGCAACAUUUGAUUACCGACAAGAAUAUUAAAUGCCUACUGCAUCGUUCUGUGCAAAUUUUAUCGAUUUAUGAUGUCAACAAGCUUUCAGAAGAUUCUGCAAAAAAAGAAGACUCAAAGGUUCUACGGAAUCCGCGUUCCAUUGUUGGAUUGGCUGCACCUCUACUGGCAUUUGCUCUUGGUGCAUGGCAAUUACAACGCUUGCAAUGGAAAACAAAUUUAUUGAAAAAAAUAGAAGAUAAGAUGAAGCAGGAAGUUGUGCCAUUUCCAGAAGAUAACUUGCUGUUAUUGGAUGAUCUUGAAUAUGCAAAGGUGAAAGUAACGGGCGAAUUUCUUCAUGACCAUGAAUUUUAUGUUCAGCCAAGGCAGCGAUUUGAUAAAGAUGGAAGUACAUCGAAAAGUCGACCUCCAUUGAAUAGUUUUUCGAGCCCUGGUGCGCAAGUUAUUACUCCGUUUAAGCUCCAUCCAUCAGGUAAUAUCAUUCUGGUCAAUCGCGGUUGGGUCCCUCCACAAAAAAUUACUCCUGAGAGUCGAAAUCAAGGACAAGUGCAAGGGCAGGUCACUUUUGAUGCUGUAGUUCGUCACACUGAAGAGAGGCCCUCUUUUAUCCGAAGAAAUGAUCCUGACAAAGGACUUUGGUUUUAUACGGAUGUUAAACAAAUGGCAGAGAAACAUGGCACUCUACCAAUUCUUGUUGAUGCAUGCUAUGAAUCCAGUAUUCAAGGUGGUCCAAUUGGAGGUCAGACACGAGUAACCCACAGAAACGAUCAUAUGAUGUAUGCCUGUUUCUGGUUCUCCAUUGGAGCGGCGACUUUGUUUGGAUGGUUCCUUUAA